UAAUAAACCAAAUGCAACAUUAUUACAACUUACUUCCUAUGUACUAACCAAAAUUAAGCAUCAUUUGUUGUCCAAAAUAUGUCUAUUCCCACCAUUUCCUUCUUUUCUUUCCUACUAGUCUUGAGUUUCUUCAUACCACAAAAUUAUACAUUCUCAAAAUCCAUAACAAAAGAAGAAAUGGGUCUUAAAGAACAACAAAACUUAACGCAUCUACACUUUUACUUCCACGACUACGUCCAAGGGCCUAACCUGACCGCGCAACGUAUAGCCCAAGCCCCUAACACGGACAAAACCUCAAGUGGUUUUGGCGCGCUUGUUAUGAUCGAUGAUCCUUUGACCGAAGGGCCCGAAAAAGACUCGAAAAUCGUGGGGUACGCGCAAGGAAUGUACGGGUUUGCGGACCAAAAGCAACCGGGGCUAUUGAUGGUAAUGAACUUGGUGUUUAUAGAGGGUGAAUUUAAUGGAAGUACUCUAAGUGUGUUAGGAAGAAAUCAAGUGAUGAAUAAAGUACGAGAAAUGGGUGUUGUUGGUGGAAGUGGUGUGUUUAGGUUUGCAACAGGGUAUGCACAAGCUAAAACUAUUACAAUGUUGGAUAAAAGUGGUGCUAGUGUUGUUGAAUAUGAUGUUUAUGUUCAACACUAAUUAGUCCUUUGUUUUUUAGUUUGAUUGUUGUUAGUUAAAAUUUUGUUUUACUCAAGUGUUUGCAAACUUUAAUUAAUCUUUGAAUGUGGAAUAAUUUGAUCAUGUACGUUAUUCGGAUUUCAACUAUUGGUAAUUGAAUCUAGAGUGGAUGAUGUAAUGAAAUUUCAAGAUAAAUUGGGCAAAAAUCAACUUUGAGUUAAUUUUAUA